CAGAACCAGACAUGUCUUUUACCAAACAGAUGUUUACGGAGGAUCUACAUACAACGAUGUAUAAAGCACGAACAGAUUUAUCUACAUUCAAUGUAUUCACAGUAAAAACAAACGUGUCAAAAACAGAAACGAUUAUGACUAGCGAGGAACUACGUAGAUUUACAACAGAAAAACAUGUGUCAAAUAAAAAAACAGUCAGUCCUAUAGCAGAACGUAGUUUGUCUAAAGUAUCUAUAGAAACAGCAACUUCUUUAACAGAACCAAACAUGUCUUCGAUAGAACUGGACACGCAUUCCACAGAACAAAUUAUAUAUGCAACAGAGCCAGACAUGUCAACAACAAACACAGAGCCAGACAUAUCAACAACAAAAACAAAGCCACAUAUGUCUACAACAAACACAGAGCCAGACAUGCCAACAACAAACACAGAGCCAGAUAUGUCUGCAACAAACACAGAGCUAGACAUGUCUACAACAAAAACAGAGCCAGACAGGUCAACAACAAACACAGAGUCAGACAUAUCUACAACAAAAACAGAGCCAGACAUGUCUACAACAAACACAGAGCUAGACAUGUCUACAAAAAAAACAGAACCAGAUAUUUCUACAACAAAAACAGAGCCAGUUAUGUCUACAACAAAAAAAGAACCAGACAUGUCUACAACAAACGCAGAGCCAGACAUGUCUACAAAAAAAACAAGCAAGCCUGCCACAGACCAAACUCUACCUGAAAAAGAAAAAUCCACGGGGACAGAACAGCCAAACAAAUUAACAACAAAACAGAACAUAGCAACAAAUAGGUCUAUAUCAUUUAACCGUUCAACAAAACAAAAUAGACUUGAAACUGACCCAAAUAUGUCUACCACAGAAGCAAACAUUCCCCCAUCAGACACAUAUAUUUCUGAGAUUGAAAUAUCUACUAUAGCUACAAAAAUGUCUUCGUCAGAUACAAGCUCGUCUACAACAGCACACAAAAGGCUAACAACGGAAACAAACGUGUCAAAAACAGAAACAAAUAUGUUUGAAACAUAUUCAAACAUUUUUUUGACGGAUGCAAAUGUUUCAGUUAUAAAAUCAAAGGUGCAUACAACAGAAUCAAUUUUGUCUACAACAAAACCAUAUAUGUCUGCAAAGGAACCGAAUAAUUAUACUACAGACAUGUCUUUCAUUGACGAAAACAUGUCUUCAACAGAUGAAGUUAUACCUGUUGCGGAAACAAAUAUAUCUACAACAGACAAAUCAACAUCAGAAAAACAUAUGCAAAAAACAUUAACAACGAAACCGGUUGCGUCUACGAAAGGACUAAAUAUGCUAACAACAGAAACAUUUGUGUUAACAUCAGAGACAAAUACGACUACAAAAGACAAAUUAGUGUCUAAAACAGAAAUUAGCAACAGAUAUGCAACAAUAACGUCCAAAUCUAAAGCGUUACCAAACAGAUUUACAAACCAAAAAAAUGAGCUUACGAGUAAUCCUGUUUUAACAGAUGUUAUUACAUAUACAACUAAAAGCAACAUGCCUGCAACAUCAAAAUCUGUAUCAUCAACGGAAACCACAAUGUCAACAAAAAAGGGACAUCUGUAUAAAACAAAAGCAGACAAAUCCUCGUUAGUCGGAAAUAGGUUUACAAUAGUAGCAACAACAUCAAUAACAGAACCAAAUUAUUUUACAUCCGAUUCAAAUACAUCUACAGCAGAAGCGACGAUAACUGUAUUAGAAACCAAACAAUAUACCAUGGAAACAAGCAUAAAUGACAAUUCCAGAAAAACAGAAACAAAUAUGCAUUCAACAGAAAUGACAAAAAAAGCGAAUAUUAACGCAAUAUCACGGGCAAUGACAUAUUACACACAAUUUUACGCCAAAAACAGAAACAGUUCCAAACCGACUGUAGCAACCGAUUACAAGGAAAAUGUAACAGUAUCUAGAUUAACCACAGAUAUUUCUAAAGAAGGAAAAGGUAUGACCAUAGAGGUGGCAACAACCUUAAAAACACCACUUGAUUCAACUUUGGCCGAGGUCGCAAAGACGUCAUUAUCAAUACAAGUGGCUACAGUUGCGUAUUCAGGAGCAGCGUUGCUGUUUUUCACUAUUUUGAUAGUGUAUUUCUUAAAAAGAGCUUGUCGAGAUCCUAGGAAGAAGAGCCAAACUGAUGGAACCAGUUUGCAUUUUGGGAUGACAGAAAAGAUAACUGAUUGCAGAUUCGUUAACAUUGAUGAAACAAAAUUUCACAGAAACAAGACAAAAUACCAAAAUGUUCAUAUAGAAAGAUCGUACACACUAGGAAAUUCAAGCCAAGAGCCGUCCUAUUCAAAAGACAAUCACAAAAAUUCUGUCAAUUCACAAGGAAUCGAAGUAUACGUCAAAUUUAAGAUUCCACGAGCAAAUAUAUACUAGUUAAUCGCUUACAUUUAAUUCGAAAUAAGAAUUCAGAGCAGAAUUCUCGCAAUUUCAUUUUAUAAAUGUAAUGUUAUUCAAGAGGUUCCAUUAUCUACCUAAAUCAGUUACAGCUUUCGGGAAAUAUAAUCCAGAAUGCAAACGGAUACUGAUAUUGAGUGAGAGUAGAAACCGCUACGUGCUGUACACAAAAGUAUAUAUAUAAUUGAUUGUUGGUUGCUUAUCUUC